UCUGUCAGUUUGAAGCAAUAUCGACCAAUUGUAAUAUUGUAGAAAAUGCUGCUAGCUACAAGGAAUGUUUUUCUGUCUAUCUUUUCUUUCAUUCUUUAACAGGUGGUUAAUCCUGAGGAACUCUACUGCGUGAGAAAACACCGCCCCCUGUCAGUUUGAAGCAAUCUCGACCAAUCGCAAUAUCGUAAAAUACUGCUGACUACAAGGAAUGUAACGACAAUUUCAUUUUCUGACCAACUCGAUCGGACCAACAUGGACACGAACUGUCGGUUAAUUAACGGCCGUGCUGUGUGCCCGCCAGUGCAUUUUAUCACUCCAAGAAUGCGGGACCAGGAGUCCGAUGAAUCUCUAGACAUCAGUAUAACGUCAUUGGUUCUGGCCCUCCUCCUCCUGCUCGGGUGGAUAGCAAAGAGGCUUAUGAGACACUGCACCCGAGUGAGGAGGAGGAGCAGAGGAUUGGAAACUAUUCCAAAGGAAUGUUUUGAAAUGGAACCCCGUCAAGGGAUCAACCAACCGCCCCAAAGACCAACUGCACCACCCCCGCCACCCCAAGCUAGGUCUCUACCAGAGCCACCCCCGCGGGCGCCUCCAGCCAGGUCUCUGGCACAGCCACCACCGCGGGCGCCUGCGGGGGGGGGGGGAGAAAUAAUCUCCGCUCAGCAAAGAGUUGAAUUCUUUCAGCAUAUGAAAAUUGAUAGUCUAUCCGAAACAAAGAAGAUUAAAACCUACGACGAAUUGAUGAUGAUGGUGGAGUCUGCACUGUAA